GUCAUUUAUAUAUAUACAUUCGCAUAAUUAGUAAAAUAAGCUAUUAAAAAGGAGAAAGGUUAUAAAUCAAUAACAAAUUUGAAUUGGAUACAAUGUUACGUCGUCUAACGACUUCGGUUAUUCAGUCUCGUGGUGUAAAGCAAUUGGUUAACAUAAAAUGGGUUAGACCGGAAUAUAUACCUGCUUAUAAGCACGAAAGAUCGGGUGAUUUGGAAGGUCUCCCAAAAAUUCCAAAAAAUUCUCUGCCUGAAAUAUAUGCUUUAAGUGACGAAUUAAAAGAUGCUCCAGAAUCUGUUAAGAAGAUUUUCUCCGUGGAACAUCUUGGAAAGAAAGAAUAUAAUGCCCUUGUUCAGAAAGAAUUGAUAAACAGAGUAAGGAGACAUAAGUAUGAUGAAAACACAGCUGAAACCAGAAUUGCAAGGAUCACUGGGCACAUUCGGUGUCUACAAGAUACAAUGGAAAAAUUUCCACGUAAUGUUAAAGCUAAGCAAACAGUUCAAGAAUUGAUAGAUAAAAGAAAGAAGUUAUUAAAGUUUUUAAGGCAGUAUGAUUAUAAAAAAUUUGAAUGGUUGCUAGAAAAGUUGAAUCUUGAAUACAAAGCACAUCCCGAAACAUAUCACAAAUUAUCACGUAAAGAAUCCUUACGUAAGCUAACUGAAAUGCACUGUGAGGACAUCCGUCAAAGCAAACUUGCAGACUACAGAAAUUUGUUAGAAAGUCAACAGGGACCAUUUCUCAAACAGAAACUUGAAGCACUGAAGUUCAUAAAAAGUGAACAGAUGGAGUUACAACUACCUGUAACUGUUUCUGAUCAAGAUAUCAAAAAAGUCGAACAACAAUUAGAAGAUUGGAAAAUAAAAGAUGAAAUCAAACAACAAGCUAAGAAAAAGAAGAGAAACAUUCUGUUAGACUAAAUAAUUACGAAUAUAUAUAUUUUGUUUAGGAAAUAAAAGUCGAUAAACUAUGAAAACCGUUUAUUUUAAACUAAAUCUUAUUUCUAAAAUUACCCAAAAUAUAAUCAUAGAAUGUAUCAGUCAAGUUGGACGGACAAUUUACAUAAAUGCUUUUUCAAUCAAAACCUUAAAGGUAUUUUGUAUACCUAAAUACUAAGAAAAACUUAUGAUUAAACAUGUACAAUUUAAUAUGUCGAAUAUAUUUAUUUGGCUCUUAUGCCUAGUUUUCUGAACAUUUUAAAAUAAAUGAACAGAGUAAUAAAACCUUAAUAUGUAAAUAAGUCUACAUUCAGUAGAUACUACAAUAAUAAAGCAUAUU